AUGAUGGCCCCCUUACCAGCUUCACGAGUCACACCUUCCCGCACUUUUGGCCGCACGGGUGUCGACAACGCCGGGCCUUUUUCAGUACUUGCGUCAAAAGGACGAGGCAUACGCACUACGAAUAGUUACAUCGCCGUCUUCGUGUGCAUGACGGCAAAGGCCCUACACCUCGAGCUCGUCGGUGAUCUCUCCACAGCCGCCUUCCUGGGCGCUCUCGCUCGGUUCACCAGUCGUCGCGGUCAACCCUCUGAACUCUGGAGCGACAAUGCCACUUGCUUUCGCCGCGCUGAUCUGGAACUGCGCGAGGCGUUACAAAUUGCGGAGAUUGACUGGGACCUCGUUGCCGGCUUUCUCGCUUCGCAAGGUAUUGCUUGGCACUUCAUCCCCCCCGGAGCUCCACAUUUCGGCAGAUUCUGGGAAGCCGCCUUCAAGUCAGUCAAAGGCCACCUCCGACACGUAAUGGGCUCCCGUCAUCUGACCUUCAAAGAAUUCUUCACCGUACUAGUUGGGAUUGAGAUGGUGCUCAACGGAAGACCCUUGACACCGCUCUCCGGCGACCCUUCCGACCUCGAGGUACUUACACCAGGCCACUUCCUUGUUGGAGCCCCACUUGAUUCCAUCAUCCAGCCCGGGCCUCCCACUGAGAACUAG